GGUGGAAGCUUUCUGCAGGUAAAACUACUGUAAAGUGUAAUUUAUUGUAAAACGUGAGUUUUGAUGCUUUUAUGAUCAGCAUUGAAGGUAUUUCGGCAGACAGGUAGUUUUUGGAGAAAUUUUAAAUGGAGAAAGAGAAAAAAUGCGAUUCUGUACAAAAAAAGAGUUUGAAGGAUGUGAAAGAAGAAAAGGAACAGAAAAAAACUAAAAAGAAUAAGAAAGACAAGAAAACGUGCAACGAUGAUGAAAAAAUUGUAAAGAAAAGGAAGAAAUCUAAAAAGGAGAAGAAAAUACCACAUGUUGAUAGUGAAACUUCUCUGUCAGAUGUAGAGGAACUCUCAAAUAAGUCACACAAAACUAAAACUAAAGUUGGAGAAAGUUCAUACAAAUCUAAACAAUUCAGUAAUCAUGAAACAAGUAAUGGCACUACAAGUACAGUGGAAUCUCGAAGUAGCAGUAGAAAUGACUCCCAGAUAAAAGAUAAUACCUUAGGAAUAAUUUCUUCUAAUUCCGAAUCAGUUAACUAUCAAGAUGACAUUUUAUCCCCGCAGCUAUCGAUAGAAGAUGAACUCAAUCUCGAAGAGCUUAUGAAGCAAAAAAUGCUUUUACAGGCACGAAUAGUAGCCUGCUCUUCUGAUAAUAGCGAUAGCGAAGAAUCUUCUAAACACAAAAGAGAAAAAGAAGUUACAUGUGAUAAAAACGUUGAUAUAAAACAUGCAUCACGUAAAAGAUCUCGAAAAGAUUAUGAAACACAAAACAGAAAACGGUCAAAGCACAGAUCAUCAAAAGAAUUAUCUCCACAUAUCGCCUGCUCUUCUGAUAAAAGUGAUAGCGAAGAAUCUUCUAAACACAGAAGAGAAAAGGAUGUUACACGUGAUAAAAACGUUGAUAUAAAACAUGAAUCACGUAAAAGAUCCCGAAAAGAUUAUGAAACACAAAACAGAAAACGGUCAAAGCACAGAUCUUCAAAAGAAUUAUCUCCACAUACUGAAAGGCAUAAACGUACUGAAGAAAAUUUAAGAGAGAGUAAAAGAGAAGUAGAGAAGAGAUUAGAUGAAAAAGAUCUUGAACGUAAAGAUAGAUACCGCAAAGAAAGAAGGAGAACGGACAGUGAAAGAGAAAAGGAAUUGGGAAGGGAAAAGGAACGGGAUCGAGAGCGGGAACGAGAGCGGGAACGCGAGCGUGAACGAGAGCGAGAUCGGGAACGGGAACGUGAGCGUGAACGGGUACGAGAAAAAGAACGGGAACGAGAAAAAGAACGGGAACGAGAAAAAGAACGGGAGCGAGAAAAAGAACGAGAACGUGAAAAAGAAAGAGAUAGGCUACGCGAACGUGAACGAAGAGAAAUUCAACGUGAGCGGCAAAGAGAUAGAGAUCGCCACUCCUCAGAACUUAGGAGAAGAGAACGAGAAGUUGUGAGAAGUAAUCGAGAUAGAUCACGGUCACGAGGCCGUCGCUAUUCCGAUCGCGAUAGGCGUUCUCGGGAAAGAAGCCAGGACCAACAUAGAUCGUAUGGUCAUUCGCGGGAUACAAGUCAUAAAACAAUACAAAAAGAGAGGCUUAGAGAUUCUACCAGUAAAGUUUCACAUAUAAUUCCAAGUUCCAGCGAAGAAGAGCUUGACAUUUCUAUGAAUACUGAUGAUGAAGAAAAUGAAGAACAAAUUAUAGAAAAGCGAAGAAAGCAGAGGGAAUUACUUCUCCAGCGUUUAGGUGAAAAUAAUAAUAAUGGCAAAAACAAAGAUGAAGAUAAAUCUGGUAAAUGUAAUAAAUUACCCACAAAUAACUCUAAUAAAGCCACUGCAAGCACUGAGACUAUAUUAACUAGUGAGUUGCAAUCAAAAAAAUUACCAGCGGAUAAACUACAUACAAAAGGUGAUAAUAAAAGUCCUACAAAAGAAGAUAAUGAAGAUUUAGAAAAUACCGAAGAAGAUAAUUUGGGCAUACCCAUCAAAAAAAGUGAAUGGGAUAUGUUUGCUGAUCAGGACACCUUCGCCAGCGUUGGAACUCCCACAGCAAGUAAAUCAAGGGCUAGAUUGGCACAUGAUAAUCCAUCACUCACAGAUAAUUGGGAUGAUGCAGAAGGAUAUUAUCGUGUUCGAAUAGGUGAGAUCCUUGAUAACCGAUAUUCAGUAUAUGGAUACACUGGACAAGGUGUGUUUUCAAAUGUAAUCCGCGCACGAGAUCAAGCGAAAAGUAAUACUGAUGUCGCGGUGAAAAUAAUGAGAAACAAUGAGAUAAUGCACAAAACUGGAUUAAGAGAGUUGGAAAUAUUGAAACGACUGAAUGAUGCUGAUCCUGAAGACAAGUUCCACUGCUUACGUCUAUUUAGACACUUCUUCCACAUGCGUCACUUAUGUAUGGUCCUUGAACCACUGUCCAUGAACUUGAGAGAAGUACUUAAGAAAUAUGGCAAGAAUAGUGGUAUACACAUAAAAGCAGUCAGAAGUUACACUCAGCAGAUACUACUUGCAUUGAAAUUACUUAAGAAAACUGGAAUAUUACAUGCAGAUAUCAAACCGGACAAUAUUCUUGUCAAUGAAAGCAAAUUACUACUCAAACUAUGUGACUUUGGGUCUGCAUCACAAGCAUCGGACAAUGAAAUAACUCCAUACUUGGUAUCAAGAUUUUAUAGGCCACCAGAAAUUAUCUUGGGUGUUCCAUAUGACCAUGGCAUAGAUAUGUGGUCAACAGCAUGCACAAUCUAUGAAUUAUCAACGGGCAAAAUAAUGUUUGUCGGUAAAUCAAAUAAUGAAAUGCUUAAAUAUUUUAUGGACCUAAAAGGAAAAAUACCAAAUCGUAUUAUAAAAAAAGGUCAUUUUAAGGAACAACAUUUUGAUGCUAACUGUAACUUCCUCUAUCACGAAUUGGACAAAAUAACAGAAAAGGAAAAGGUUGUUGUGAAGACAAGUAUAAAACCAACUCGAGAUUUACUUGCGGAGCUAGCUCCGUCGCUUAAUCGUCUCCCACCUUCAGAAGCUAAAAAAAUGACUCAACUAAAAGAUUUGCUCGAAAGAAUGCUAAUGAUUGACCCUACAAAGCGUGCCUCAGUUAACCACUGCCUCACACAUCCAUUUAUUCAAGAGAAAAUUGUAUAAUACUGUGUUAUUUCAACAUUACCGCCUUUAUAACCUUCAGAAGAGUAGAUAUAAAAAAAAACAAUAAUACAGAAAAUUACCCGAAACAAAAGACUGUUUUAAGUAAUAUAUUUAAAUUUAUAUAAAAAUAUUCCGUGUUGAAAGGCAUAUCAAAAAAAAUCAAUACUUUUGAAGAGUCCAGCUGUGAAUACUUGAGAAUUCAUAAAAUAUGGGAGAGAAAUGCUUCACAGUAUUAGUGAAGCGCUAUUAUAUAUUAUAUUAUAUUGUCAAUAUUAUAUUAUCUUAUAUUUAUAAAAUAUGGCAAAAUUAACGACUCAUUACUCCACUUUGAUGACUAUAGUUGCUGCUAUCUUAUUCUGCACAUGACCACCUGCACCCACGGGCCAUACUGAAUUAACCUCUUGAUGUGAUGAUUAUUAUAUGUUCUUAUGUUUCUAGUUUUAAUAUUUAUCGUUCUGUUAGCCAGCCUUAUAUAUAUAUGUGUAUAUAUAUUUUAAAAUUUCAUAUAAAGUAUACAUAUAUUAAAUAAAGACUAAGUUAUAUAAAUUAAUAGUCGUAAGUACAGUAUAUAAAGAUGUAAAACACAUCACUGAGUAAACUCUAUGAAAUGAGAAGAAACUUCAUGUUUGGCGAAGUCAUAGGUUUUGUCUGAUCCAUGCCCAAAAAAGGAAAAGUGAGCUGUUUCGUGCUGCAGUAAAGGUGAUUCAAAAAGAAAUAAAUUUUGAAUUUGGU